GGAAUGGGCAAAAUGGUAUUGGAGCGCAGAUGGCCUUCUAGGUUGUCUGACGUUCAGGCAGUGUUGUUGGGGCGCAUGUUACCUUCUAGGUUACCUGCGUUCAAGGCUUCUAGCCGACCUGCACUGGCCCCGUCGAGCGCAGAAUGGCCUUCUAGGCUGUUUUAUCGCAAACUGGCUAGAGAGUGGGAGGGUCGGCGCUCACAUAAUCAUAUUCAUCUUCGUGGAACUAUCAACGGAACGACUAUAAACAGCGGAACAGUCGGAACUAUAAAUGGGAUCGUUUCUUUAAAAAGGGAUAUUCAUGAGGACUACAACAAAGUUCCCAAACGAACAAAAAUUGAAGAUCGGUCUCAACCCUCUACUCCGCCACAUCAAAUCUAUUCACGAAAUGCUUACCCCCCUUGGGUCCAGGAGUGCAAUAACAAUGAAUCAUGUGUUCAUGACGAGUCCUCUGAUUUGGAUAAUGGAAAAAAUCACGGAGAGGUUAAUAAUGACAUUUGCAAUAUUGCUAAUGAAGACAUAUAUCUUUUAUCUCAAGAGACUCCACAGAAUGUGACGGAAGGUGUCUACAAAAUAAUCGAAAAAAUAGAAUCCAUUAACUACCGAUUAUUUGAUUACAAAACCUUUCCGAGCGAAAUAUCACAAAUCUCGUUAAUAAAUUAUCAAGUUCUGAAAACAUACCCUAAAGGAUAUUUGGAACUCGGUAUUGCAUUGUCUUUAGAGCCAUCAGAUAAAUCAAAAACGAUUCGUUUUGAAAAAUGGAAAAAAAUCAUAAACCCCCUUGUACAAAAGUACCAACUUCCUUUAGAAAAUAAAUCCGUAUUUGAUGUAAUUUCCUUAAGUGAUAUUAUUGAGGUCGUUCUUGAAAAACCAUAUACCGGAAAUUUUAUUCAUAAAGAGCAUUAUGAUCUCAUCUGGAUACAGGAUAUUUAUAAACGAUUGUGA